AUGGGCUCCAAGACCCUGGAAAACGAAGAGCGUCGGGAACAUGAGGUCCCAUCGUCUAGCGGAUCCCGUUCUGCCGGCGGAGAGCCACGAGGUAGCCACCUCUCGAGAGAUGGCGAUGGGUGUAUGGGCAGCCAGGGCGCGGACGAAGGCGACGAUGACGAUGACGAUGACUUGGAUGAAUCUCAUGCUGCUGCCGCCGUUUCGCUGACGUGCCCUACGUCUGGCGAGGCAAGCAAUGAGACGAAGAAGAAGAAGAAGAAGCGCAAAAGGUCCAAAAAGAGGAAGGCCCAGACGGCUCUCAAGCAGUCGUCACCUCCGAGGAUCCCGCUUCACCGGCUCUUUUCUUCUGGGGAGUAUCGACCCGGUGAGCUGUGCGACUAUCAGACGACUUCUGCCGUCAAGGCGCCCGAGCUGCGUCACCAUGGACAGCGUGCUCUUGAAGACCCCACGUUUCUGAACAAUUACCGAAAGGCGGCUGAAGUGCAGCGCCAGACUCGGAAAUGGGUACAGGAGUCUGUCAAGCCAGGCCAGACACUUACUGAGAUUGCCGUUGGAAUCGAAGACAGUGUUCGAGCCCUCCUGGAUAACGCUGGGCUGGAGCCCGGACAGGGUCUACAAUCAGGCCUCGGGUUCCCCACGGGCCUAUCGCUGAACCACUGCGUGGCGCAUUAUACGCCGAAUCCCGGCCAAAAGGACGUGGUGCUUCAGCACCAGGACGUCAUCAAGGUCGAUUUUGGCGUCCACGUCAAUGGCUGGAUUGUUGACAGCGCAUUUACAAUGUCGUUUGACCCGACGUAUGAUGAUCUCCUGGCUGCGGUGAAGGAUGCGACCAACACGGGCAUCAAGAAUGCCGGAAUUGACGUGCGCAUCAGCGACGUUGGCGCCGCCAUGCAAGAAGCCAUGGAGAGCUAUGAAGUGGACAUCCGGGGCAAGACGUAUCCCGUGAAGCCUGGGCGGAAUCUCUGCGGACACGACAUUAAACACUAUCGCAUCCAUGGCGACAAGACGAUUCCGUUUGUCAAGAAUUCGAACCAGACCAAGAUGGAAGAGGGCGACAUCUUUGCCGUCGAAACAUUUGGUAGUACGGGGCGUGGCUUCAUCCGGGACGGCGCAGGUAUUUACGGCUAUGGCUUGAGCCACAGUCCUCGGGAGCGCGUGUCUCUCCCUCGGAGCUCAGCGAAUACGCUGUACAAGACGAUCAAGGAGAAUUUUGGGACUCUGGUGUUUUGUCGUCGGUAUCUGAACCAUGUCGGUCUGGACCGUUAA